GGAUUCGUAGGUUUUGCCAUAUACCAACUCUCUCCGUGUGUGCGUGAUUGGGGUUGGUUCUAGAAUCAGCAGGGCAUUCUCUUUAAGUGCAUUUCAUGGGGUCUUUGUUCGGUAACUGGCCGUCAUAUGACCCUCACAACUUUAGCCAGCUCCGACCCUCCGAUCCCACAAAUCCUUCUAAAAUGACUCCUACAACCUAUCAUGCUACCCACAACCGGACCCUUCCACCACCUGAUCAAGUGAUAACUACUGAAUCCAAAAACAUUCUUCUGAGGCACAUGUAUCAGCAGCAUGCCGAAGAGAAGUUGAGACAAAAGCGAGCUGCAUCAGAAAAUCUUUUACCAGAGCAUGGAUGCAAGCAACUUAAGGGUUCUGUCUCAGAUAAGUCCUAACAAGCAAACUGCCUCUAUCACUUCCAACUGGGCUCAUUUGUUGUUGCAUGGAUACUGGAAGUUCAGCAUACCCACAGUGUGAAUAUUAGUGUCACAAGUGAUAGAUGUAUUAAGUGUAAAAGCUGCUUCACAGACAUGUAGACUUGUGUUGUACAAAUUAGAUAUACAGCUUUAAACAAAUAAAAUGAUUAGUUACAUGCUUUGCUUA